GGGGAGGGGGGAACCCUCUCCCCCUCCCCUCGCCCCGCCGCCCUCUCCCGGCUCCCACCCUCUCCCUCUCUCCGGAUCUCUUUCUCUUUCACUUUUGCAUGCCCUGCAACCUUUUAAAAUGUUGCCCCUUCCCUGUGAUUCGUCAGACGCAGCGGCAUGUCCCCCCUCUCGCUCUCCCUCUCCCUCUCUCUCUCUCUCUCUCUCUCUCUCUCUCCCUUUUUGUGUCUCUCUCUCCCUCUCCCCCAUCCCUGAUUAGAUACACUGAUUCUUCAUUCAAUGGACGUCAUUUAGAACAGGCUCUGCCUUGAGUUGCCUUCUCGCUUCACGCUCGAUUUCCAGCCAUUCUUCCCUUAUUAAGUAUUCGUGUAAUAUUAAUAGUCAUGAAUAUCUGCUAUUAGGAGUCUCCAGGAAGGCAGCAGAUCUGUUAUUAGGAGCUCAAGUGAAGCAGCAGCUAAGUCAAAGGAGAAAAAGAAAGAAAGAGACAGAGGAAAAAAAAAAGGAUUAAGAAACAAACACACACACGCUAAAAACAAAGCCAAAAAAAGCGCAAAACAAAAAACAGCCAAAAAAAAGCAACCAACUUUGACUCCUCAAAGCUCGCCUUUGCAACCUCAGAUGAAGGGCAGCAGAAAUCGGUGCAAGUGCUGAUGGAUUAUCGUGGCGCGCCCGCGGUGCAGGAGCAGCCCCGGCGCCCCGGUCCCGCCGCCCGCGCCUAGCGCCGGGCUCCGGCCGCGCUCCCGCCCGCCGCCCGCCCGCGCCCGCGGGGGCUGUGCGCACCUCCGGUCACUUUCCUCUGCUUUUUUUCUGCCCUGACUUGUUACCCCCGACUCUUCGCAGAUGUUAGUACACAGUUUUUCAGCUAUGGAGCGCCACGACAGUACCAGCAACGGGACGGCGCGGCUGCCGCAGCUGGGCACCGUGGGCCAGUCGCCCUACACCAGCGCGCCGCCGCUCUCGCACACCCCCAACGCCGACUUCCAGCCGCCCUACUUCCCCCCGCCCUACCAGCCCAUCUACCCCCAGUCCCAGGACCCCUACUCCCACGUCAACGACCCCUACAGCCUCAACCCCCUGCACGCCCAGCCGCAGCCGCAGCACCCGGGCUGGCCGGGCCAGAGGCAGGGCCAGGAGCCGGCGCUGCUGCACACGCACCGCGCGCUGCCGCCGCAGCUCUCGGGGCUCGACCCGCGCCGCGACUACCGGCGCCACGAGGAGCUGCUGCACGGCCCGCACGGGCUGGGCGCCGCGCUGCCCGACCUGCCGCUGCACGCCAUCCCCCACGCCAUCGACGACGUGCCGCACGUCGAAGACCCCGGCAUUAACAUCCCGGAUCAGACCGUCAUUAAGAAAGGCCCCGUGUCCCUCUCCAAGUCUAACAACAACGCCGUCUCCUCCAUCCCCAUCAACAAGGACACGCUCUUCGGCGGGGUGGUGAACCCCAACGAGGUCUUCUGCUCGGUGCCGGGCCGCCUCUCGCUGCUCAGCUCCACCUCCAAGUACAAGGUCACGGUGGCGGAAGUGCAGAGACGCCUCUCGCCGCCCGAGUGCCUCAACGCCUCCCUGCUGGGCGGAGUGCUCCGGAGGGCGAAGUCUAAAAAUGGAGGGAGAUCUUUGAGAGAAAAACUGGACAAAAUAGGAUUAAACCUGCCAGCUGGGAGACGCAAAGCUGCUAAUGUUACCUUACUCACAUCGCUAGUGGAGGGAGAAGCGGUACAUCUAGCUAGAGAUUUUGGGUACGUUUGUGAGACAGAAUUUCCUGCCAAAGCAGUAGCUGAAUUUCUCAACCGACAACAUUCCGAUCCAAACGAGCAAGUCACAAGAAAAAACAUGCUUCUAGCUACAAAACAGAUCUGUAAAGAGUUCACCGACCUGCUGGCUCAGGACCGAUCUCCCCUGGGGAACUCGCGGCCCAACCCCAUUUUGGAGCCGGGCAUCCAGAGCUGCCUGACCCACUUCAACCUCAUCUCACACGGCUUCGGGAGCCCAGCGGUGUGCGCUGCAGUCACCGCCCUGCAGAACUAUCUCACCGAGGCGCUCAAGGCCAUGGACAAAAUGUACCUCAGCAACAAUCCCAAUAGCCACACAGACAACAGCACCAAAAGCGGCGACAAAGAGGAGAAGCACCGAAAGUGAGGAUCCCCCCCACUCCUCUCCCUUCCCCCAUGUAGCCACCAAUCCAUGCAGCUCCCUCCUCCCUCUUCCCUGCACCCAGCACCCCAGGCUACAGCAACAGAAUCAGUGUCCUUCUGCCCAUCCUGACUCUGCAGGACUGCUCUGCCCUCUCCCCACACCCCAUCCCAGCAUCCACAUUUCCAUUUGCUCACGUUUAACUUGCCCCCCCACCUCCCCACCGUCGUUUUACCCCAGUUUGGAGCCUAAGAGAACAGAACAGGGGGAUGGAGCCAGCAAAGAAAAAAGUUCUGUCUUGAGUUUGUGAACUUUUUUUUUAAAUAAAACAAAAGGAGUAAAAAAACAAAAACAAAACAAAAAAGAAAAGGACCUUUUUUCUAAAAAUAUAUAAAAAAUAAAAAACAAAAAGAAAUAAAUAAUACUUAAAAAAUUCUAUGAGCUUCAACGGACUGAAUCACCACCUUCCCUUACAUAAACUUCGGUUAAGAUUGUAGCCAUAUUAAAAAAGAAAAAAGCUAAAAAAGUGCAACAACAGCAGCAACAACAAACAAACAAAAGCAAAAAGGACUGAUGACAUUUUAUCAGUAUUGUGAAUAAACUUGAACACAAAACACAAGCAGUUCCAUGUCAUAUCUUCAGUUGUAGAACUUUUUCCUGUCCAAGGUAAAGCGACCAACUUGAACUUUCUAUUGCAACACGAUUCACGGUUAUUAUAUAAGGGAAUCAGUGUUCAUGUAUGUAUAUAUUUAUUUAUGUGUAAUUUAAUGGGAAUUGUAAAUAUGGUGAGUCUGUUUUAAGCCUUUUUUAUUUAUCUGGUGAUCUCGUUUACCUCUUGUUUAGUGGGUUUUAAAUCUUCCCCUCUAAGUUCAUCAUGUGGUUCAUGGUACUUAUUUAGAUAUCAGAGGUUUUUUGGGGGUUUUUCUCUGGGAUUCAUCAUUUUUAGCCCUGUUGUAGCAUGUUAAAGGCGACAAUGAAGCAGCUGAACAAAUAAAAAAAAAACAUGAAUUUUUAUAUAUAAUUAGUAUGACAUUUAGUUUCUCAUUGAAGAAAAAAUUAAGUGGUGUUGGACCCUGGCAAGAUUUUUAAACAUGUUAGUGGUUUUACAACCCUUAUGUGUUGUGGAAAAUAAAAUAAUAAGUUAUUUUCAUCCACUGUCCUCUUGAAAGCACCAUCAGAGCAAUAAAUUAAUACUGUCUUUUAAAUCAAGAUUUAGCUUUUCUUUCCCUUUUUUCUCUUUUUUUCUUUUCCCCUUUCUUUUGUUUUUCUCCUUUUUUCUUUUUUUCCAAAGAACUUCAAACAUUUGGGACCACCUGGUAUCCUGUAUUUCCACUGGCCAUAUUGGAAGCAGUUAUAGUUGUAUUGUAUUGAGUUGUGCCGGCAGUAGUUUCCAUGCCUGUCAAUGUAUCAUAGUCCUUUGUUGCCCAGAUAAAUAAAUAUUUGAUACGCUUUAUGUCGAUUUUUUUAUUCAGUGGCUGUCUUUACCCAGGCGUAUUUUUGUUCUUGGCAGUAUUUUUUAUUCAGUAUGGUUACAGUAAUUGAGUUUAACUCUCCCUUGACAAUUGCUCCUUGCAAUAAGCAGCUGAACCCAUUGUUUCCCUCAAGUAUAAUAAAAACUUACUUUCAACUUGGAGUUCAGAGCAGGGUAUCAUUUAGAUAUUCCACUGAGUCUGUAUUCAGACAAAUGACACAAUAAAGCACAAUGUAUUCUUUUGGAUAAAAAAUUGUCUGUACUACUAACAAAAUGACACACUAUCUUUUCUUUAACCAAAACAUAAUUUUAUUUUAAAAAUAAAGUUUUAUUUUAUUUAUGUUGA